CUCAUGCUUCCCAAAUUCCGAAUUCCCAAAAAACCUGCUAAUAAAUGGCUUCGGUAGUCGAGAUUCGAAAAUACAACUGUUAAAGGCAUUGCAUCUCGUCACGGCCAACAAUGGCUAGAGAGAGAAAGAGAAAGAGGGUUCCUGAGGUCCUCUGGAGACUCUUCGGCAGCAGAGCCCGGACGCUCGCCGACACCAUCCUCUCCUUGGUUCCUCCGCCGCCGAAUACGGCCGCCGGAUGCCGCUGCAGGGGCCGCCGCUGUCUCUCCUGCUGCGGCGGCGGCGACGAGGCCAGGUCGUUCCUUGUCGACCCCGGCGAUCCCUCCGACUACCGCGGCCUCCUGAACAGAUGCUACGUCGUCGUUUCUGUGAACGCGCCUCCCCUCCGCGUCUUCGAUCCUCACUGCCGGUGGCCGCAGAGCGAGAUUGUCAGAAGAUCCAUUGAAAUGAUAUUGAGUGAAGAACCUGCUUCUUCAAAUUUGAUCUGCUGUGGUUACUAUAAAGGCACUCGCUCGAGUGAUGUGGUUGAUGUCCUAACUUCCUCAAUUUGGACACUCCUCCUAAAUAGAGUCGGUGAUAGUCUGAUGGUGUAUUUGUUGAAGUACACUUCAAUAUUUCUGCCUCUGCCUCGAAUGAAGCACCGUCAGAUUACCGGUGACCCCAUCAACAACCUCGUCCCGUCAGUGGGGUUGCCUUACUCUAAAUCUCAGCAUCAUCCAGUUGCGCAAAAUGGAUCUGCGAAGAAGAGGAAAAGGGUCGAAAGGGUUAAGCCGAUACCAGUGAAGAAGCUUUGCACAUCGUCAAACUGUGUUGAGUCAACUGCAGAUAAUGGAUCAAGUUGUCUUUCUAGUGAAGAACUUCCUCCUACAAAACGUGAAGAAAGUACAGAGCAAAAUACUGUUUCAUCUCGUAAAGGAAAGCGUAAAAGAAAUUUUUGCUGGCACCGCAGACUAAAACGUAGGCCGUUGGUUGUUCGAGGAACGCAUUCUUUGAUCCCAUGUAGAGUAAAUAGUCGGGAUAUCGAGCUUCAAAAUGGCAUCUCCACAAGUUCAACAAGCUACGAGAGUGUAAGUAUCUUGGUACUAAUUGCCUGA